CAAAGAUUACACAUUUUUAUCUGAAAUCAACUUUGGUACAUUUCCUCUGACCGCUACUGUACCUACAAGAGCGCGCGCGCACGUCAUGGUAAACUUACUUGCGCCAAUCAAUUACAUGAGAAUCCACUGUGUGUCUCUCUAUCUGAUCCUCGAACGGACACGGUCAGUACGACGGGUUCAGCGGUUCAGAUCGGUUCGCAAGUUGAUUGUUCGGUCGUCGUCGUCGUCGAUCGACCACAGUAGUUUUGUGCGGGUGGUGCCCCAUAGACCUCCAGCGAAAUGGCCGCCAUCAGUAAGCACUGGAACGAGAUCAUCCACCCGGGGGUGACCUGCGCUACGCUGUCCCAUCCGGGGAAAACGUGCGAGGAUCACCUUCGGCACCAGAUGCGUGCCACGAUCGGGGGCAACCUGAAGUUCUUCGUGCCGAUAUCGAUCGUGCGGUUGUUCAUGCUGUGCUACACCCGAAAGACGCUGUCGGUGGAAGUGGUGCUGCAGGCGCUGUUCGAGCUGGUCAGCGAAUCCUUCAACGGGUGGGCCGUAUCCAAUUGCUGGAGCGCGGGGUUCUGUGCCAUGUACCGGUGGUUCGGGUGGAUCAACAACUACUCGGUGUCGCUGCCGAGCCUGCCUGGCACCCUGUUGAUGUUCCUGAUGCCUGCUUACGUCAAGAUGAGCCACUCGCGGGCCAUCUUCAAUGUGUUUUUAGAGUGUUGGAUAAAAUCGAGAGAACAUCCACUGGUGGAGUAUGCACGGGAGUCGAAGGUCAUCGGGACGGUGUCGUUCAUGGCCAUCAGUGCUGUUAUCGCGUACUACGCGCAGAGGACCAAGGCGAUGGAGUUCUGGUUCUUCGCUCCGCUGAAGAAAAACCUCAACCCCCAGUCGGAACAGGACCGUAAGCCCUGCUAUCACCGCCACACCUGCCAAAGCUACAUCCUCGAGGGUAUGCGAACCUGCUUCACGUUCGGUCUACUGCUGGAACUGAUCCGGAAGCUGAUCAAUGUCGCCCCAAGACUUAGUAAGGAACCCGUGGAUGCCAUACUGGAAGCAUUGGCACGAAUCCGGUUGAGGUUCGUCGCUUUCCUCACGCUGUACAAUGGACUGUUUCGGUUGACGACGUGUGCACUGGCUCGCCAUAGGGGAGAAGUGGUCCAGAGCGAUAGCACUGUGGCAGGUUGCGUGAGCGGGCUUAGUUAUGCGCUGUCGCCAAACUACAACAUAUUCAAUCUGGGCGUGGCGGCUGUCAUACAGAAUGCUUGGAACUACCUCGUCGAAAAGUACGCCAAAGUGAAUUGGCUGCAGCAGUUCAACAAACUUUCCUUCAGUUCGGUCGUGUGGGUGUUCCUGAUGAACUACAACAUGUACGCCCGGGCCUACUAUCCCUACGCCAUGUCGAAGUUUGCGAUGAAAUUCACCGAUAUCUGUUCCGGUUCACAAGCACAAAUCGCUGCCGAAUGUCUGGGGAAGGUGGCUAUGGGGUUCAGCUGAGUGGCAGAGAUGUUUGUUUCCUGGUUAUUUCUCAAUUUUGUUAACUAUUUGUGGUUGUGAUAGUUCGUAUGUGGGCAUAUUAUGAAGUAAUAAACUAAAAGCUGAAAUACUA